UAUCUGUCGAGGCUCCCUGUGAUGUCACACAUUUCCUGCUCUCCACCGACCAAUGCCCUCCUCCUUCCUCUAGGCACCUGUACACGGAGGCUCAGGCCGGUCACAGCUCGGGCUGGGCUGCCCGGGGAGCUGCUGGAUUCACCUGCACAGCGUGAGAGCUGCGGGGCUGCUGCUUUGAGAGGCCGGGCAGACACUUACAAAGCCUCUGCUUGUCUGGGAAGUUGAUCUGAUUUUUUUUUUUUUUUAACCCUGGAAUGGAAUAGAGACUUUUGAAAUUUAACUCACAGGUACAGACCAAUUCAGCCGGUCUAUUGGGGGUGGGGAGGCCAGCGCCAGCUGAAUUCAGAAUGGCUGUAUUUGCUUUAUUUUGCCGUGCUUUCUGCAUUCAUCACACCAGAGGCAAUUUCAACCGAAAGCUGCUCAACGUCCUUAAUUGCUCCCCACCUCGCUGAAAUUUUUUCUCAAACAGGUUUGUGGAUGGCUCCUAGAAGAUCUUGAUUGGCUCCCGAGGAAAUAUCGUUUUGCUAGAUUGGUUUCCUAUCAUCCUGUCCCCCCAGUCAACCAUGAGCCAGUCAGACCCUGCCGAUGACCCGGAUCCCAGCCCUGAGCCCCUGUGUGUGGUGUGUGGCCAAGCCCACUCCCCCGAGGAAAACCACUUCUACACCUACACAGAAGAUGUGGACGACGACCUCAUAUGCCACAUCUGCCUGCAAGCCUUGCUGGACCCUCUGGACACUCCCUGUGGACACACCUACUGCACUGUCUGCCUCACCAACUUCCUGGUGAGUAAGGACUUCUGCCCCCUGGACCGCCAGCCCCUGGUCCUCCAGCACUGCAAGAAGUCCAGCAUCCUGGUCCACAAGCUCCUCAACAAGCUCACGGUGACCUGCCCGUUCGCCGAGCACUGCGCCGAGGUGCUGCAGCGCUGUGAUCUGGAGCAUCACUUCCAAACCAGCUGUAAAGGCGCCUCCCACUAUGGCCUGACCAAGGACAGGAAGAGGCGCUCCCAGGAUGGCUGUGUGGACAGCUGUGCGAGCCUCACGGCCACGACACUCUUCCCGGAGGUCUCUGCAGCUGCCACCGUCGCCUUAAUGACAGACGAGCCUGGCCUGGACAACCCUGCCUACGUGUCCGCGGCAGAGGAUGGGCAGCCAGCAGACAGCCCAUCGGACUUUGGCCGGAGCAACCGAACGAGGGCACGGCCCUUUGAGCGAUCCUCUAUUAGAAGCAGAUCGUUUAAAAAAAUAAACCGAGCUUUGAGUGUUCUGCGAAGGACAAAGAGUGGAAGUGCGGAGGCCAAUCAAGCCGACGAGGGCGGGGAAAACUCUGAAAGCACCACUCCCCCUGAAGUCUUUCCAAGGUUGUAUCACCUGAUUCCAGACGGUGAAAUUACCAGCAUCAAGAUUAAUAGAGUGGAUCCCAACGAGAGCCUCUCCAUUAGGCUUGUGGGAGGCAGUGAAACCCCGCUGGUCCAUAUCAUUAUCCAGCACAUCUACCGUGAUGGGGUGAUUGCCAGAGACGGCCGGCUACUGCCAGGAGACAUCAUACUAAAGGUCAACGGGAUGGACAUCAGCAAUGUCCGUCACAACUACGCGCUGCGCCUGCUGCGGCAGCCCUGCCGGGUGCUGUGGCUGACUGUGCUGCGGGAGCAGAAGCUCCGGAGCAGGAGCAACGGGCAGGCGCUGGACAGCGGCGGGCCCCGCGAUGACAGCUUCCACGUGAUUCUCAACAAAAGCAGCCCUGAGGAGCAGCUGGGGAUAAAACUGGUGCGCAAGGUGGAUGAGCCCGGGGUGUUCAUUUUCAACGUGUUGGAUGGCGGUGUGGCGGACCGACACGGUCAGCUGGAGGAGAACGACCGCGUGUUAGCCAUCAAUGGACAUGACCUCAGAUACGGCAGCCCAGAGAGCGCAGCUCAUCUGAUCCAGGUGGGUCACAGGUCUUUCCUAGAUCCGGGUCAAAAACUCCAUCACCCUGACCAUCUGUCCUGUUACUACCAAUGUGACAUACAGUGCCUCCCAUUCGAGGAGUCAAGAUCCAAGGGCCAGGCCAGCGAAAGGCGCAUCCACCUCGUCGUGUCCCGCCAGACCCGUCAGCAGAGUCCUGACAUCUUUCAGGAAGCCGGCUGGAGCAGCAACGGCAGCCGGUCCUCGGGGCCAGGGGCCAGGAGCCACAACCCCAAGCACCUCCCUCUUGCAGUCACUUGUCUUGAGAAGGUGGUUAGUGUCCGAAAAGACCCCAGCGAAUCCCUCGGGAUGACUGUUUCAGGGGGAGCAUCUCACAGUGAGUGGGAUUUGCCUAUCUACGUCAUCAGUGUUGAACCCGGAGGAGUCAUAAGCAGAGAUGGAAGAAUAAAAACAGGUGACAUUUUGUUGAAUGUGAAUGGGGUUGAACUAACAGAGGUCAGCCGGAACAAGGCCGUGGCAUUAUUGAAAAGCACAUCCUCCUCAAUGGUUCUUAAAGCUUUGGAAGUCAAACAAUGUGAGUCCCAGGAAGAAGGCAACAGCCCAGCAGCUCUGGACUCCAACCACAACAUGGCCCCACCCGGUGACUGGUCCCCCUCCUGGGUCAUGUGGCUGGAAUUACCACGGUACCUGUACAACUGCAAAGAUGUUGUAUUACGAAGAAGCACAGCUGGAAGUCUGGGCUUCUGCAUUGUAGGAGGUUAUGAAGAAUACAAUGGGAACAAACCUUUUUUUAUCAAAUCCAUUGUUGAAGGAACACCAGCAUAUAAUGAUGGAAGAAUUAGAUGUGGUGACAUUCUUCUUGCUGUCAAUGGUAGAAGUACUUCAGGAAUGAUACAUGCUUGCUUGGCAAGGAUGCUAAAAGAACUUAAAGGGAAAAUCACUCUCACUAUUGUUUCUUGGCCUGGCACUUUUUUAUAGAAUUGAUGGGUCACAGAAAAUCGCAAAGUUGAAACAUUAUAUUUAUCUUGUCAAUUUUUGUAUUUAAUGGAUACAUUAUAAAAAUGUGAACUUCAGUAUCAGCAAAAUUAUGAUCUAAUGAAAGCCAAUUACACCUCAGAAAAUAUAAUUCUCAAAACAAACAUUACUAAUAGUUUUUAUUCAGUGUGGAGGAUUUUGCAUCACUCUACGUUUACGUUUAUAUUUUUCUAUUUAAUAAAAAGCUCUUAAACAGUUGAAAUGGUUUGUAUGCCCUCAAAUGACUUCGAACCAUAAAAUUAAAUUAAAAAUUUGAGUAUUUUAAAAAUAACUUACAGCCAAAUGAUUUUAAAAGUGCAUUACUGAAAAAUGUUCCUUUCAUCAAAUAAGAAAUAAAUAUUUUUUAAAAUAUUA